AUGACAACGGACCAGGCAGAAAGGAUUGUAUUAAAGAUAACCAAAAUGGAGGAAACGAAUGUAUCUAAGAAACAAAUAAAGAUUUUUUGCAAUAAUGUAAAUGGUCUUAAUUCGCCCUCUAAAAGAAAGAAACUAUUUGGUAAAAUCAAAAAGGGAAAUUACGAUCUUGUAGCUCUGCAGGAAACCCACAUGGUGUUAAAACACUCACCCCAUCUAAUAAAUAAAGAUCUUGGUUGUGAAUUCCACUCUCUAGCAACAGAAAAGAAAAGAGGGGUCAUAAUCUAUGCUAAAGAGAAAUUAACACCGGAACUGGCGUUCAAAGACAUAGAAGGGAGAAUAAUAGCUAUAGCCAUUAAACAAGGACUAAAAACCAUCUUAAUAUGUAACAUAUACGCGCCUAACGGUCCAAAAAUAAAAUUUAUAUCAGACUUAAACGAUAAAAUUCAAGAGACUCAAUUCGAUCAUCUAAUUCUGAUGGGGGACUUCAACGGAGUGAUUAACAGCAAAUGGGAUAAGACAAGGGGGGAAACAAAAAAGCAAGGAACCAAAUCUAAUACUCUCCCUCAGAAAUUCAUCAGAUUGAAGGAAGAGUGGGACCUGGAGGACUCCUGGCGCACCCUAUACAAAGAGAGUAGAGAUUACACCUUCUAUUCGGGAAGGCAUAAUAGCUGGUCCCGAAUAGAUAUGAUCUGGUCCUCAAAAUCCAUCAAUACCCAAAUAUUCAAAAUUAAAAUACUCCCGAGAGACCUGUCAGACCAUUGUGCGCUAGAAUUGACACUCAAUCACAGAAAAGACUUUUUUAGGUGGCGUCUGGAUGAUAGCCUUCUCAAAGAAGAAAAAGACAUAAAGAACAACUCUGACCUCUUAAAAGAGUACUUCGAACUCAACGACACAGGAAACAUCUCUAUUGAAACCUUAUGGGAUGCAGGUAAAGCAGUCAUGAGGGGCCACCUCAUAAAACAGAAAGCUAUAAAGAAUAAACUGAACAAGCAAAAACUCGAGGACCUGAAGAAAGCACUCGAAAAAACAGAGUCAAAAUUCAAAAGGAAUGUCAAAGACAAGAAGGUAAAAAAGGAACUAGAUACCCUUAGGAAACAGAGAAAAGCCCUAGAAACAGAAGAGAUGGAGAAACAAUUAAAAUUUAUAAGACAGAAAGAAUUCCAACAGGCCAACAAGCCCGGGAGAUGGCUAUCUCGGAAAAUAAGAAAGAAAAAACAAGGGAGCCACAUCGUGAAAAUAUCCACCAGCAAGAAAGACGCAAUCACCGACCACGACAUUUUACAAGAAUUUAGUAAUUACUACGAAGAACUAUAUGCCGAGAAGCAAAAUAAGAAAGAGGAGAUCAUGACCUAUCUCGGCCACCAGAAACUAGGGAAGAUUUCAGACCAAGAUAGAGAUCAUCUAAACAAGGAGAUUACGGAAGAAGAGAUAAGAAAAGCAAUUAAAAAACAAAAACCAUCAAAAGCUCCAGGCCCAGAUGGGUUCACGGCUACCUACUACAAGACCUUUUUAAAAUCUUGGAAUGGACAAGGCAACUUGCUACAUGUAUUUCAAGGUCAUUCCAAAACUGUCACUAAGAUUCUUCUCCAUCCAAGCAUUGCUUCUUUAUUUAUCUCUGGAUCUCUUGAUGGAUCGGUCAAACUCUGGUCGUUUGAUAGCAUGGAAGUUUUUUACAGCAUAUCACUGUUCCAAGAAGGAAUACUUUGGAUUGGUAUAAUGGAGGAUCAAUUUCUGUACUGCUGUUCUGCCCGCAGUCUACAUAUAUAUGAUUUGAAUUCAUUAACCAGCUUUUGGACUUAUGUCAGUAGUCCUAUAAGUAAUCUCUACCUCUGUGGUGCUGAUGGGAAAUCCAGCAGAGUAGUUGCUAUGGGUGUGGACAACAGCUUAAGGAUAUUCUCUCUUUAUAAUGGGAAACGGUUAAGCACAGUUCUGCCACCUCCUUCUCCUCUGCUCCAGUCAAUUCUAAGCUUUACGUAUAACCGAGCCAGUGGAACAAUUUACCUUCUCCUGACACCCAGGGAUAUAUGGGUCUAUACAGCAAGAACUGAUCCUGCAUGUAGAGCAGCAGUGUGGACUAUUGGAGAGCUACAGCAACACUUACACAGAAAACACCCCUUAGCCUCCUGUGUUCAGGAAAAUGAAUAUUUUCAACAUACUCGAAAAAGAAAUGUUAAAACUCCAGCCAGGUGUGAAUGCCUCUGCAGCUUAUCCUCACCUUUAUGCUAUUUGACAGAUGACGGAAUGGUGUAUGCAGAUAAUGAGGAAUUUCUGGUCCUUGGUAUGCAGGAUGGGAGAGUUUUGUUUCUUCAUACCUCAAUACAAAAUUUGGUGUAUUAUGAAAUGGCAGCCAUUAAAGAUCCAGUGAUCCACUUAAGACAUGAUUCAACCCAUCGCCAACUGAUUAUCAUAUACCAGAGGUCAAAACACAAAUUGAUACAUUUCAGAAGCUUGCCUGCUCUGAAGCUAGUUUUCCAGAUAGAAGUAUCAGACGAUACCACAGUUUUUACAAGACUGAACAGUUCACUCAUUAUUGGCCUAACAUCUGGAAUUGUGGAUAUUUUAAAUAUCCAAAAUGAAGAGAAAGGGAUCACAUCUUCUGGAAAAAAUAAGAAUGAGAAUGGGGAAAAUGCUUAUUCUUGCUUUGACAACUACCAUGAUGGCCCUGUAGUAGCAGUUGAUUCCUGUGAGAAUCUUUCUAUCUUUUUAAGUUGUGGUUCAGAUACUGUAAUAAAACUGUGGGAUCUUCAAAAGAAUCUCUUGGCUGAGAUCACUCUUGAUAACACUUUGAGCACAGCUUGUUUCCUUAAUAGUUCUGGUGACAUUUUAUUGGCUUUCAAAAGUGAUCUUUAUCUAUUGUCUCUUACUACGGCACUGGGUAUAUCAAAAAGAAAUACUGAAACUUCUACAGUAUUAGCAGCAGAAUCCUUUAUUUUUGAAAGUCCACUUCUGGAAAACAUUGAUGUGUCUAAAUCCAUUGAGAUGGCAUCAUAUCUGGAACCUUACAAGGGGUUUGCCUUCACUGAAGACUUUACAUCAGAGUUGCAGUUUUUACGUAAGAAGAAAGAAAAGGUUAGGUUAUAA